AUGCUUCGUAGUAGUUUGCGCUGCUUGACUCCAAGUCUUCGAGACCUUAUUCAUCGUCUGGACUCUUUUGAGAAGGAAAUUAUUGAGCUAAAGGCAUUUCGACAGGCUGUGGAAACGUCAUCACCAGAUGUUGCUGCGGCUGCCGAAGCUCUAGCGAAAGAACGUCGGAAGGCUAAACCACAAAUUGAUGUUGUCUUGGAAAAUCCAUUGACAGCGGGGGAGUUUGUGGAACUGAAUCAAUUUUAUGCACUUCAGAUAAUGCAGAGUUUGCCGUUGGGAAAUAUGGUUCAUAUACGGACUUUUGAAGAUCUUUGUGCUCAUGCCAAACUUGUACAUCGAGAAUAUCUUGUUCGUGUGGCUCAGCGAGCUCGUGCUCUUACCCAUGCCCCUGUUGGAUUAUCUCAAAUGCCCUCUAUUCAGGAAUUACGUCGCUGGUAUGAGUGGAGUUUUCAUGAUGUUAAAAGUACAAGUCCUCCUGUUGAUAGGCAAAGUGCAUUAAAUUUCGAUACCCUUAUUCGUCGUGUAUUUUUAAGGCACUAUAAUGUAAGUGCACUUUUGACGGACGCAAUGUAUGAACUUGGUGAGCGUGAAAGGUGGACUGAACGAAGUUUCUCAGAUAAAUCGCUUGCCGAUACUUUUGAGGAAUUACAAGAGUUUUUUCAUGGUUUUUGUAUGGGACGUGUUCGAUUACGGUUUCUUGUGGGUAAUUAUAUGUAUUUAUCAACACGUAUUUUGGACGUGGAACCAAAGGAUUCCGAAAAACUUACUGUACCUUUAUUUUUUGAUCAUGAUCCUGAAAAAUUUGCUGGUCAAAUAUGUCGGGAGUGCUCAUUAACCCAAUUACUUAAAUGUGCAAUUCGUUCUGCAAGGGAUAUAUAUGAUGAAGCGGAUAUUGAACUUCGUAUUGCAGGUGAUGAAUCUCUUACUUUUGUUGGUAUUCCUUAUAUUUUGUAUGAUAUUUUGUCUGCUAUGAUUGAUGAUGCCAUUCAGGCAAACCUUCUUCGACAAGAAACGUUUGGGGUGGCAUGUACUCCUGUUGUAAUUACUCUCGCUCAGCAAGAAGGUAAUGAGCGGUUUUGUGUCCGAGUUUCUGAUACUGCGGGUGGUAUGCCACUUGGGAAAGCAGAGCAUGUUUUGAGGUACUGGUCUUUUUAUAAAACAGAAGAAAAAGAGCCAAAAUUAUCUAGUACUUGGAUUCACAGUCCUAUACGAAUGCCUUAUGCGUAUUGUGCUGCACAGACAAUUGGUGGUGAUAUUUCUGUCUUCUCCAUUGAAGGCUAUGGUACUGAUAGAAUUUUGUAUCUCCCUUCCACAGGGGUUCAGAAUAUACAUAUUUAG